AUGACCAUCUACAGCAUGUACAUCUACGACCGUCACUGCGCAUGCGUCUACUACCAUGACUGGCAUCGCACGAAACGGCCCAAGCCCGCCGCAGAAGGCAACAUACUCCCCGCCGUUUCGCAUGCGAUCACGACCAACCCACCCUCUAGCGUCGCCUCCUCGGCGUACAACUCCCCGCGGAAUACGCUCUCGUCGCAAACGGGCAUUGUGGUAGCGCUGAACAGCGACGUGCCGCCCUCACCACCACCGCCCCUGCUCCAGACUGUGGCCCCCCAGCAGCCACAAGCCGGGGCAAGUCAGGGCAGCACGGGUUUGCCAUUCGACGAAGAGGCCAAGCUCGUGUACGGUGUGAUGGUUUCGCUACGCGCGAUGGUGAAGAAGCUUUCUGGACGAGACGAACAGUUCACCUCAUACAAAACUUCCGCAUACAAGCUUCACCUCUUCGAAACGCUCUCUGGCUACAAGUUCAUCAUGCUUUCCGACCCUUCUACUGAUUCCCUUCGAUUCAUCCUUCGUCAGAUCUAUACCGGCCCCUUCCUCGAGUACGUUGUUCGCAAUCCCUUGGUUCAGAUGGACUCGAAGGAACGAGGCAUCGAUAAUGAGUACUUCCGCGCGAGCACGGACCGUUUAGUCAGAGGACUGUCUGUUUUCCCGUAG